CUCAUGUGUCUGUGUUAUGAGACGUAUUUUGUAAGGCUCAACAUUUGUUUGCAGUGUGGGCUGAUUACACAAGCUCUGCACUGGCAACGAAGUGAGGGCACCCCAGCUUCACUUGGGCUGAUUUAAAAAGAAAAACCAAGGACCGCUAGUGAGCUUACUCUAGCUGACACAUAAUGUUUCCAGCUAGCAGAUACUCAAGUCAAGCCCACAGGUGUAUCAGGGCAUGGAAAACAGUACAGACAGAGCAUGCUGCUCCUCAGCUGUACACAACUCUACACAGAAGAACUUGUUCUUCAGGAACAGCUCCCCGCGUCACAACACACUACACCAUCCACCCCCGGGAUAAAGAUCCAAGAUGGGAAGGAAUUGAAAUGGAGAGGUUUGCAGAUGAGGCAGAUGUGGUGAUAGUAGGUGGAGGCCCUGCUGGUCUUACGGCAGCCAUUCGUCUGAAGCAGCUUGCUAACGAACAUGAGAAGGAGCUGCGAGUGUGCCUUGUGGAGAAGGCCUCUCAGAUUGGAGCACACACACUGUCAGGUGCCUGUCUGGAGCCCACUGCACUCAGUGAGCUCUUUCCUGAUUGGAAGGAACGAGGGGCACCUCUGAACACUCCAGUGACUGAAGAUGUGUUCAGCAUUUUAACAGAGAAACACAGAAUCCCUGUCCCCAUGUUGCCAGGUCUGCCAAUGAGGAACCAUGGUAACUACAUAGUGAGGCUGGGGAACUUUGUACGCUGGCUGGGGGAGCAAGCUGAGGAGCUUGGAGUAGAGCUGUACCCUGGUUAUGCUGCAGCUGAGGUUUUGUUUCACGAAGACGGAAGUGUAAAAGGAAUUGCCACAAAUGAUGUAGGCGUGGCCAAGGAUGGCUCACCAAAGGAUGUUUUUGAGAGGGGAAUGGAGCUCCAUGCUAAAGUCACGUUGUUUGGAGAGGGCUGUCAUGGCCACUUGGCCAAGCAGCUUUACAAGCAGUUCAACCUGCGCGAGAACUGUGAACCCCAGACCUAUGCCAUCGGCCUGAAGGAGCUGUGGACGAUUGAUGAGAAGAAGUGGAGGCCAGGCAGAGUGGAGCAUUCUGUGGGUUGGCCCCUGAACAGGAAUACAUAUGGAGGAUCCUUCCUGUAUCACCUGAAUGAAGGAGAACCGCUCGUGGCCUUGGGUUUUGUGGUAGGACUAGACUACACCAACCCUUACCUGAGCCCCUUCAGAGAAUUCCAGCGCUGGAAACACCACCCCUUUGUAGCACCCACUCUGGAGGGGGGCCACAGGAUUGCAUAUGGAGCCAGGGCCCUGAAUGAGGGAGGAUUACAGUCUCUCCCAAAGCUGACUUUCCCUGGAGGGCUGCUGAUUGGCUGCAGCCCUGGUUUCAUGAACGUCCCAAAGAUCAAAGGCACUCACACGGCUAUGAAAAGUGGCAUGCUGGCUGCUGAGGCAAUUUUCCCCAAAGUCACAGCAGAGAGCCUGGACUCAGAGACGACAGGACUCCAUGUACCUGAGUACGCUGACAGCUUGAAGAACUCGUGGAUUUGGAAAGAGCUGUAUGCAGUGAGAAACAUCAGGCCUUCGUUCCACAAUUACUUUGGCCUGUACGGUGGCAUGGUCUAUACUGGGAUUUUCUACUGGGUCUUCAGAGGAAAAGAGCCAUGGACACUUAAACACUGUGGCCUUGAUGCAAACCAGCUGAAACCGGCUAAAGAUUGUACACCGAUCGAGUAUCCCAAGCCUGACGGCAAGAUAAGCUUUGACCUGCUCUCCUCUGUGGCGCUGAGUGGCACAAAUCAUGAGGGAGACCAGCCCCCGCAUCUGACUCUGAAGGAUGACAGCGUUCCAGUCGCCAGGAACUUGGCCAUAUAUGAUGGGCCUGAACAGCGCUUCUGCCCUGCAGGUGUGUACGAGUACGUUCCCAUGGAAACAGGAGAUGGUAUGAGAUUGCAGAUAAACGCUCAGAACUGUGUCCACUGUAAGACGUGUGAUAUCAAGGACCCGAGCCAAAACAUCAACUGGGUUGUUCCUGAGGGUGGCGGCGGACCAGCCUACAAUGGAAUGUGAACCGCAUGAUUUUUUUUAAAAACCAUUUUUGUCUUGAAAGAUGACUGUAAAGUACAAUGACAUUCAGGAUGACAGUACUUGCCAGCAGGCAAAUGUGCCUAAGUAUUGAACUGAAAUAACCAUGUAGCUGUUUUUGAGAAUAUUAAAAAAUAAAAACUCUAAAAAGGA